AUGGAAACUAAAGCCAAACUCAAUCUUGAAGAUGGAGAUCCUUUAGAUGAUAUAGGGCACUAUCAGCGCCUAGUAGGAAAGCUGAUUUAUCUCACUGUCACUAGACCGGAUAUCACUUAUGCAGUAAGUAUGGUAAGCCAGUUUAUGCAUGCCCCUCGCACAAGUCACCUAGAUGCCGUCGAUAGGAUCCUUAGGUACCUCAAGGGCACACCCGGCCAAGGUAUUUGGAUGAAGAACAAUAAUAUGACUGAUAUAGUUGGUUUUUCUGAUGCAGAUUGGGCCGGAAGCUAUGACAGAAAGUCAACUUCUGAUUUUUGUAUCUUUGUAGGAGGCAAUCCAGUGACGUGGAAAAGUAAAAAAUAA